GCUCCUCGCGGCCAACGCGCUUGCGCGCGGACGCUCGGACCGUCGAACUUUAAAUAUUUUCUCUCGUCGAUAAGUCGCGUACCUAUAUUAUCGAGAAUCAUUACCUACAUAACCUCCCAAACGCGUAGAUGGAAAUGUUAGAAGAGACGGCAAAAUAUAUGCUUUUCCAUUGAUAAAUCUACUUUGUCUUCUCAAAACUCGUUUGAUUUUUUUUUUAAUUUUACUUGCAAUACCAAAAAUGAAUGUAUUACGCAGUGUCACGCGUCUUAAAUGUGCAUCCAGCAUUGUUAAUAACAUUGGACAAGCAAGAAGAGGUUAUGCAGCUCCCAAACAAUUACCAAUUACUUGGGUACGACCAGAUAAAGUACCUUGUAUAUCCAAAGAAAAGAGUGGUGAUCUAGGAAUAGACUAUAACAUAACUCCAGUUAACUACAUUAAAGAAUUUGAAGAUAUUCCUGAACUUGACGAGUUGGAUGAUAUUGUCAAAAAGAUGUUUACUAUACAUUAUCAACGUAGAAGAGAAUUGGUUGAUCUUCAGAAAAAACGUGCUCGGGAGUUAGUAAAACGACAUCAUUGUGAUGAAGGUUCUAUGGAAACUAGAAUUGCUGUUAUUACUGCUGAGAUUCUACAAUUACAAGAGCAUCAAAGCAUUUUCCAUAAUAAUAAAAGAUCAAAAGUUUUGUUGAAAGAACUUAUUGAAAAAAGAAAAAAAUGGCUAAAAAAAUUAAGGAUACAAGAUUAUCCACGAUUUGAAUAUAUACUAGAGCGGCUUAACCUUGUGUACCAUCCAUUUCCAGAAGAGAACAUUUUCCUAACAAGGAAAGGUGGUACCAGACAAUUGUUACAAAAAUACUGCGAUAAACUGAUCCAAAAGAAAUUAGAUGCAUACCGAGCAGAGCUGGAAGCUCAGCAAAAGGACUUUUUCAGAGAAAAGGCAGAAAAACUCGAGUUCAUACGUAAUGAAGAGAUAGCUUGUGGCGUGGCUCCAAGUGUCAGUGAGGAAGAAAUCGAAGCUGCUAAACAAAAAGCAGCAUCAUUUGUGAAGUAAUUGUUAAAUUAAUAAUAUAUUCGUUACAAAAAUUCUA